CUGAGGAUUCUUCCCGGGGAGAUCGCAGCCCAUCUGCAUGGCUCAAGAGUUCGUGAACUGCAAAAUCCAGCCUGGGAAGCUGGUUGUGUUCAUCAAGCCCACCUGUCCAUACUGCAGGAGGGCCCAAGAGAUCCUCAGUCAAUUGCCCACCAAACAAAGGCUUCUGGAAUUUGUCGAUAUCACAGCCUCCAACCACACUAACAAGAUUCAAGAUUACUUGCAACAGCUCACAGGAGCGAGAAUGGUGCCUCGAGUCUUUAUCGGUAAAGAUUGUAUAGGCGGAUGCAGUGAUCUAGUCUCUACGCAACAGAGUGGGGAACUGCUGACGCGGCUAAAGCAGAUUGGAGCUCUGCAGUAACCACGGAGCAGGCCCCAUGCUGACGUCCCUCCUCAAGAGCUGGAUGGCAUUACAUAUGAUGACAGCACUUCCUGGUGGAUGAAUUUGGGGACACAUACAGCUUUUUUCCUCUUUUGGCUCCGUAUUUA